AUGUUUACGCCGGCAGCAAAACGCCGACGUGUCGACGCGGCAAACGAGACGCUCCGGAAACCUUUCAGGUCGCCCCUGGUGCGGGACCGAGACCCAGGCCCAGGCCCAGGCCCGGACCGGAACCGGGAUGGCAGCACCGCGGCGGCGGCGGAUCCUGCGGCUGAAGAAGAAGAAGAUGACGACGAUGGUACGGCACCGACCGCAUCCACCGCGGCGGCGGUAGCGUCAUCGCCAUCUGUGAGGGUGGCCACCGGCGUGAAGACGGGAGGAGUAGCCGGUUUUGCCACGACGACGACACCACGGCAAGGGACAACUUGGAAGGCCACGCCCGUGAAGCAGAAACAGACGAUCAGCACGCCUACGCCUACACGUCGGCCCUUUAGCGUUCCGCGACCUCACAUCUCGCAGACGGGGGUUUCGCCUUCGCCGCUGCGGACGACGGCGGCGGGGUUCGUCGGUGCUAGGAGGACACAGGCUCCCGGGCUCGUUGGUGGUAGUAUGAAGAGUGAGAGGGAGGCGGAGGGCAGGGAGGAGAUUCUGCGGCAGGCUGAGCGGAUCCGCGGCGUUGGGGUCGGCGCUGUGGGUGGGACGAGUGCGGGUGAAGGGGGGGAGACGGACGAGGAGCUUGUUGAGUUGAUUGGCAAGUGGAGGGCGGCGAGCCGGAUUGCGGCGGAGGAGGUGUUUGAGGGGUCCCGAGAGAGGGUUGAGGGGAUGGGGGGGUUGAAGGCUUGGAGGAGGGCGAGGAGGGAGGAUGAGGUGAGGUUUAGGGGGAUGAUGGAGGAGGGGGAGAAGGGUGUUGGGAAGGGGAGGGGUUGUGAGGAGUGGGAGGAGGGUGAUGAUGGGGGAGGAGGAGAUGAGGGUGAGGGUGAGGGUGAGGAAGAAGAGGAAGAGGAAGAGGAGUUCACGAUGGGGACGAUGCUUCGGAGUAUGAAUAUCGAUUUUGAGAUUAUCGGGUAUGAUGAGGAUACUGGGUGGUGGAGGGACGGGUGA